AUGCAAAGGGGUAACUCGGAGCUGCCCGCCAGAAGACAGGAUCUCGUACAAAACACAAGGCAGCAAUCUCCCUUUCAGCCGUCAACACACGUCCACUCGACAGCUCACACUCCUUAUCACCUCUCACAACGAACCCCAAUGGCCCAAUCACGCAGUCUCGUCAGGCGGCAGAGCCAAACAGCGCUAGGAUCGACCACGAGUUCGCCUUGUAUCGGCCAGGCGCUUUACACUUCACCCGUGCUUGACCAGACCAUCACCGCCAAUGCGCCCCAGACACUCUUGUGGGAUCCGAGCUGCCUGGAUGCUUCCAAUCCUGGCUUGGUCGACAUCUAUCUCUUUGCGCCCUCGCUCGCUCAGGGCUCUGGCGCAGGCGGUCCUGUGCAUGCAUGGAUCGAGGUACCUAGCUUGACUGGCAAUUUGUCUGUCCAGAUCCAGCCUGCUUGGUGGAACGACACCAUGGCAGGGACGACGACGCUCCAGCUCCAGAUUGUUGACUCGGGUAACGAAAUCUGGGAUACCACGAACCCGCUCGGACCGACUUUCAGCUUGAGCUACGAUGGCAAAGGAUCCACGAGCGGAACAGGUGAAGCCCCCACGACUGACAACAUCUCCAAUCCUCACGCGACCGGCACGGCAUUGACGGGUCCCCGCCUUGGCGUCGCCGUCAGUCUUCCCAUGCUUCUUGCUGUCGUCGUUGUGUUCGGUUGGCUCAGAUUCACGCGCUACAAGACCAUCGACAAGCGCGAACGCUGGUCUCAAUUCGUGGAUCAUCGCAUGUCUCAAAUCGCUACACCCGGCUGGAAUCCAGCGUUCGACCCUCUCACCGCUCGUGGCUCACGUCCCAUCUCCGUGGCGACCUUGCUCAACUCUACACCGGGCUCAGCCCAGCGAAAGUCGCGACCCUUCUCGAGCUACGCAUUCGCUUCGAAUCGUGCUUCGUUCGGCGGUCAAUCUAUCGCUUCGGCGAAAGAAGGUGCUACGCCGGGUAAGUUGGGCAAUAUGCGACAGAAACGAGCCGACAUUGUUUUCGGCUCUGGCGCUGCAAUUCCGCCCGGUCUGGACACUCCCUCCCGUCCUGAAUCGACAGCAGACGAAAUUUCGCCCUCUCCUCGCAAGUCUCGCUUCCUCGGCGAGGGCGAUCGCGUCUCUCGUGUCAGCUUUGCCAAUUCGGUCACCGAAAGUCGUAAUGGCGGUAUGGCACCCGGUUCAUUCGCUCGUCGAGGUCACAAACAAGGUCAAAAAUCGAGUCCAUCGAAUCUCAAGACGUUCCAUCUCGUUCCUUCGCCCACAAACUCCCAUGGACGAUCAGCUUCGACUCCCAAUACGGAUGAUCGCGCUUUGCGUGAUCUGUCGCCGGAGCAAGACUCGCCCAGUGUGCUUCAAUCGAGUGAAGUCGCCACGAAAGCCUACGAUCGUCGCACACACAAGCCUACAAAGUCUGCUUCGAGUUCGCUCAGACAUCAGAUCAGUGGCGAGCCAGCCGUAUUUGUCAUCAGUGGCGAUCAAGAUCUCGAGACGAGCCCGGAAAAGAAGCAAACUUCGAUGCAUGAGCCGGCUUCGCCAAUCAAGGCCAACGCGCCCCGUCGUCUGCAAGAUCUCAUGGACGACGACGGACAGGAAGGCGACUUGGAUGUUACCGCUCCCAGCGUACCUCGCUUCACCCACAGCGCCUCAAACGGCUCGAUUGCAAGUAUUCAGACGCCAGACGCGGCCAUGCUGGCCUAUGCUCGCGCUCGUCCCCAACUCAGCAAGGCCAACUCUUCAUCGACAACCAUGCGGACUUUGUUCAACAAUCCUACGGGCGUCAGUCGGGCAGCUUCAUCUGCUUCAACGUUGCCGCCCGUUCGCAGUGCAUCCCGUCAGAGCAGCGUGAAUGACUCCGUCGAUACGGUCACACAAGCCAGGGCUUCCUCGCGCAACUCGAUGAACCCUUACCGCAACUCGAUGAUCGAUCAGGCGUCAAUCUAUUCGUCGGCUGCUUCGGUGCUCAGCAAGCCUGCCGAGCCCAAUGAAGACGCCAAUCGUACUUCGACAUUCUGGCAAGCACAAUAG